GACGUGUAAAGUGUGAUUGUUGUACAUGUUGUUGGGGACCUGGGAAUCAAAUUAGUUCACCUAUUUAUAGUAGUUAGAUCUUUAUUGACUGUUUAGUCAACAACACACCGUUGUUUUAUAUUCCGUUCUAAACGUUUUUGAACUGUGUAGAAUCUAGUCUAGAUUAGAUACUAGGCUAGAUUAUGAUUCUAGAUCUAGAGUCUAGAUCUAUCAUCCUGUGUAGUGUUUUACGGAAAAAUAUACAAGUAGACCCUUGUUUAAGUCCUCUAUUAACUACUUAUCACCUCAACCGGUACAGUAUUACUAACAGUGAUUUCAUUACUAUGGCUUUGGUUACCGAAGGAUACUGUAUAUAGCUUAUGGAUAUACUUUUAACAUACUUUGAAAUGUGCCAGAGCUUGGAUUUAUUGCAAAGGUAUGCACGGAGAUCUGCCUCAGUUCUUUAGUAAAUCAGCUCAAGGUGCUGUACCUUCAAGCAUGGGAAAAGAAUGCUCGUUCCAAAAACUGAUGUGGACCAGUUUAAGAAGGCGAAAAACAAAAUGGAGAAAGUGUCAUUAUAUAAUACAGACAUCACUAACGCCUGGAUGAUGCAGAGAAGGGUGCCAUGGGUGCCUUCUCAUUAGUACCUUUUUCCGUUUUGUCAGUUUUUCUCUGAUGAAAAUACAGUGAAAAAUCAUUAGAGUUGGGUAUUUUUUUUGUAUAACGUCAUAUCCUUAGAUUACGUAAAAAAUCAAAUUAUUUUAAAUAUUAAGAUCGCUAUUGAAGAGCACCCAUUUUUCUAUGCCCUUUCCGUGUGGCUUUUUACUGUUCCGCUAAAUUUCCAGUGGCCUUUUUUCCGAAAUUCAUACACCAUAUUGGGACAGCUUUACUGUGUAACAGAAAACUUUUGGCCUACAUUCUUAUUGGAAGGAAUUCUAUGCAUUCAAAGAAAGAAUAUGGAGAUAUAUUUUGUUACUGCUGAAUUUAAAAAUCCUUGGAAAUAAAACGAAUACGAGUCGCGUCUGCUAGUUAUUCAACACACCAAAAGCAGCUCUGGAGGCUUCCAUUACCCAACACACCAGACUUGACCCUCUUUAUCCCCCCUCCCCUUCAUUGCUGACCGGAUUGGCAUACACGUCGACUGACACUGCACUGUGCAAGCAAGGUAUGGGGGUUACUGGCGGGUCAACUAGCGGUCACUCACUGACUGACGCUGGCCAAGCGGAGUAGGCCUGAACUUCCUACUCAUGAAUGGAGAAUGUGUAUGUGGGGGAGGGGGGGUGAAAGGGAGGACUAACACUGUUGUAUGGAGUGGGGCUGGAGUGGUGUCCUACGAUAGAAGAGAGACGGGGGUGGUAGGGUGUUUUCAACACUAAGAGCAGGUCCGUUUGGGGCGCUGGGUCAGUUGUUUCUCCCCUGCACAUGUACCCGCUUUACGUUUGUGACGGUGGGACCAUCCGGUUUUCACUCUUUGGAGCAGUUAACUUGUCAAUGCGUGAACCUAAAUAAGGUGCUGUCUUCAAAUUAUUUCAGAGUUCUCCCUGAGGGUGAGAUGCCCCCAGACAGCGGCCAGAACCACUUGUCUCUAGCUGAUCGGAUGAAUUUUGUUCCUGGUGCAGGCAGCAGUGCUUACCACCCAUUGGACACUGCUGGGGAGUUAGGAGGACCAUCAGACUCCAAAAGAAAGAAGGGCAAUGGUAUAGAGGGCAAGAGCAUAGAGGAGGAGCUGUGUCGGAUUUGUGGGGACAGAGCUUCGGGCUAUCAUUACAAUGCACUCAGCUGUGAAGGGUGUAAAGGAUUCUUCCGACGCAGCAUCACCAAGACAGCUUCUUACCACUGCAAAUAUGGUGGAAAUUGUGAAAUGGACAUGUGGAUGCGCCGGAAGUGUCAGUUUUGUCGAUUGCGGCGAUGCAGAGAAGUGGGGAUGAAGGAAGAAUGCCUUUUGUCGGAAGAUCAGUGCAAGGCUCGAGAUGCACGGCGCAAAGCCAAGCAAAGGUUUCAGCCCAAGCAAGAAGUUCAGAGUCCUGAUAGUUACGGUGGACACAGCUCUGAGACAGAUACUGUCCCCUACAUGCCACCCAUUGACAUUAAGCCAAAUUUCUUUUCCUUUCCUUCGUCCUCAUCCUCCCAUUCUGGUGGCGGCUCUCCCAGCUCAGUGACAGAAGAAUGCUGUUACCCAAUGAAAAAGUUAAGUGACCAACAGCGUGAGACCAUUGAAACCUUGGUAGCCUUACAAGAUAAAUAUGAGUUUGCGGAUUCAGAAUCUUAUGAAAAAGCCUUAAAUGGUUUUGACUCUCGGAAGCAGCAAUCAUCAGAUCCACAAUCAUUCAUAAGUGCCAUGGCUUCUACAUUUGUUAUAAUUACCCAGCUGAUUGUAGAAUAUGCCAAAUGUUUACCAGGUUUUCUUUCAUUGUCUAAAGCUGAUCAAAUCACUCUCCUCAAAUCCUCAACUACUGAGGUGAUGACCAUCAGAGCAGCCAGAUGCUAUGAUCUGGAAUCACGCUGUAUUGUAUUUGGUAACGGGCAGCCAUGCAGUGUAGAUAACAUGAAGGCUGCUGGCCUGGGACACUAUGCUGAAUUGUUGUUUGAAUUCUGUCACAAUAUGGCCAGUGUCAAAACAGACAAUGCUGAAUAUACUUUAUUUACAGCUAUCUGUAUUUUUUCAGAGCGUCCUGGACUGGAGGCCAAGCAAAAGGUAGAGAAAAUACAAGGGGACUAUGUGGAGUUACUGCAGGCCUAUGAGAAUGCCAAACGAGGCAAAGGUGGGAAUGCUUUAGCUCGCUUUUUGUCUCGAUUGUCAGAUCUAAGAACCAUCAGUGUGGAACAUUCCAAAGUUUUGUUGGAGUUGGACAUCAAGAAGGAUGGACCAGAUAUCCCAUCAGUCAUUAAGGAAAUCAUUCUCCUACCUCCUGAAGGGAACUAAGAACAAUGUCUUUAUAACUACCACAAGAUAUUUCUAAUGUACUUCAGCUCAACAGUUUCCUGCUUCAGAGUUUGUAAAUAAUGUUUUGUUCUUUGAUUCAUUGUGUAGCAUGAAGGAUUAUCUGCGGUGGGGACAUUGGUUUAGUGUGCCUGAAAAAUUCCUUCAAGUCGUUAGCACAGACUCUACUAGUGGAAGUAACUGUGGUUGCAGUAUGCAUAACAAGAUGUCCAAAAACAUUUAAACUGAGUUGUACAACAUAAGUUAAUGGAUUCAACAGUCUCACAGCUUAGUGAAAUGAAGGACUCUAGCCCAUGUUUGUGCUUAUUUCCUUUAAUGGAGAUAUACUCUCCCCUAUUGAGAGACUAGGAGUGGCCUGCUAUUAAUGUGAUGGCAGAAAUUCUAAGCUGAUAAACUUGUGACAGACAGCACUCACUUUUUCAGCUAGGAAAGAUAGCGAAAACAAAAUUUAAGCUGGUGGUUCUCAGAAAUUGAAUUGAAAGAGAUUUUGUGUCUCUAGAAAAACUUUGCCAACUAUUUCUCAUCUCUUUGACUUGUACAACCAAACUACUGCAUAUUUUGUAGAAGAUUUUAUUCAAUGGCCUUUGCAUAAUACAAACUAACAUAUUGCCUUUUUACAUGAGUGCUUUGAGUUUGUCUAUUGCAGUUUUAAAAUAUGAACAUGUAUCAUUUGGGAUAUUGUGAUUCAAGAAAAUGGCUCACUAACAUUGUGCACUAAUAAAGUAGGUUCAUUUUAAUAGGCACUUUUACCUCAGUAUAUUGUUUUGGUCAGAUUCAAAGAUUUUGUUUUUAACUAAAAAAAAAAGUAUAUUGGAUAAAAUAUUGAUGGCAGCAUUUUUUUAAAUAUUCAUCCUACAUUUUAGUGGAACCAAAACAUUCUUGUUAACUUAGAAUUGUGCAGGCUGUACAUAAAAGUAUAAUAAAAAAAAAUAUGUAUGGCAUAAAUAUGGACUUAUAAAAACUAUAUAUAACCCAGUCAAAUGUUAGUGAACCCUAUCACUCUAAUGUAAACAUUGUGAUGUGAAUAUGGUUAUGAGAAUAAUGUUCUCUUUGAGUUUGAUCCUGUGUAUUCAAUAAUGCUAGUAAAUAUUUCCUAUUUUUACUUUGUCUUGGAGUUCCAUGUAGUCAGUGUUGUGACUAGCUGUUUCAACAGACUGGCUUAUGUUGUUAUCAGGUCUAGUACGCUUUGUUUGAGCAAACUCUAUACUCAAUUUUGGUUCUUCAUUCACAUCAUAGAAGCUUUACCAUCAGUCAUCAAUUGUAUAUACAUUUUUGUUGUCAGUGUUAUGUUUAUUUUGGUCUACAGUACUAUACUGUACUUUAGCGACAAGGCAGUAGACUGAAAAUCUUCACCUAAUCAAUAAUGUUUUCUUAUAAACAUGCCUUUUCAUGCUCCUAUUAUGAUGCAGUAAUAAUGUUUAAACUGUUAGAUAUUACUCUUUAGGCUUUUGCAGAGUCUAUUGGUAAAAUGUUUUUUUUUGUAGAUCAUUUUCUAUCCCCCCCCCCCUUUUUUUUUCUAACUAUUCUAUCUGUCCGGUCUUUUAAAGUUUUUUAAUAGUUUUUUUUUUUCUAAAUUUUAGAUUUGCAAUAAUUCAAAUUUGUAUAUUCUGUUAAAAUUAUUUUUUACAACUUGUUUUGUAUUUUAAAAUCGAUUGAUUUAUA